AUGAUGAGCAAACAAAAAUCGACAACAACUGUUACCAGUGGUGCAGCAGCGACGCCUAGCACCACCACUAUUACCAACGCGAACAAUCGUGCUGCUGCUGUGUUGUCUCGACCUAUGCGUCGGGUUCUUCAAAAUUUCCGGCUUCUAUGGCUUGAUGCCAAAUUGGAUGAGUCCAAUGACGAUUUCAAGAAAUCGUUUCGACGCCUGCGACGUGUUGUAGCAAGCAUCGAAACAUUUAAAGAUGCUCAAGAAUGCAUUGAUUUUCUCAGUGCCAUUAAAAAUGAAAAGGUAUUUAUGAUAGUGUCAGGCUCACUUGGACAAAAAAUAGUAACAGAUAUUGAAACCAUACCACAAUUAGAAUCUGUGUAUGUUUUUUGUCGCAACCAAGCGGUCCAUGAACAAUGGGCCAAUAAAGUACCAAAGGUUAAAGGUGUAUACACAAAAAUCAAACCGAUCUGUAAGGCCUUGCAGAUCGAUUGUGAAAAUUGUGAUCGAGCUAUGAUCCCUGUCAGCUUUAAUAAUCUCGAUCCAUUAUUCAUGUAUACACAACUUUUAAAAGAAGCUCUUUUGGAAAUAGAAGAUGACGAUGUUAAAUCGAUUAAAGAACUCGUUGAAUACUGUCGUCUUGAAAGCGAUGCUUCCCCAACAACGAUUGAAAUGAUCGAACGAGAAUAUCGUAACCAUACAGCCAUUUGGUGGUAUACAGGUCCAUAUUUUAUUUACUCAAUGCUCAAUUGUGGCCUUCGACAAAUGGAUGUCGAUAUCAUUCUGAAAAUGGGUUUUUUCAUCCGGCAUCUACAUAACCAUAUUGCCAAACUACAUCGCGAACAAAAAGCCCGCAUGCCAGCAAAAUUUCAAGUCUUUCGUGGACAAGAAUGUUAUAAAGAUGUUGAUAGUGAUAUUCAACUUUGA